GGGAGGGAGGGGAGAUGGAUAUUGUCACCCAGUCCUGGCAGAGAACAGCAGCAGCAGCUUCAGUCGUGGAUGGAAACAGACGCUAUGAACCGAGGAAAGAGAGGAAUACCGACGGAACAACAACAACAACAUCUCACUGCUUCAGUCUGGAGCACCAGUGAAAACACAUACAUAUGAUAUAUAUAUAAAACUCCUAUACAUAUAUAUCAAAUUAUGCCUGUUUUCAAAGAAGCUGCAGCCGGACAAGGACUGAACUCACAGAGAAUCCACUGAAAGACAAAAGCUGGAGCUAAUGUGCAGCAUCAAAGCUGUUGCAUAUUAAUCCUCUGAGACGUUUUUGUCCAUUUUCUGCUCAGUGGAGGAAAACAGAAAAAAAAAUAAUUGAUGCAAAUGGAAAUUUAAAAAUCACCAAUCAGAGCCUCUGCUGCAGUCCUGCGAAUCCAAACAGGCUUCUAUUGAAAACAGGAUAUUUUUGAAGGCGGCCGCUCGCCUGACGCAUCUCCACUUGUCUGUGUGGUGUUGAUCCACAGGCUCUGACCCCCCGCUCAUUUCCCCCCCGCUGGGGCCGAGGUAAGACACAAAGAGAGGAGAGAGGGAAAUAAAACCAAGCUCCGGUAUCUGGGACACUCCUCCAGGUCCUUUACAGCAGCAGCCCUCCCCUCUCUGGUCUCGGAGGACCCGGCUGGUGUCCUGGGUCUGUCAGAGAGGAGGGGUUUCAGCAACAGGAGCUCAGAGAGUAGAGUCUGAAUGAGUCCUAUCACCGGGGGAAGGGGGCGAGCUCGUCUCCACUGUGUUCAGGACAAGUGUUGAGUUGAGCGGCUGCUGUCACCUGUUCCGAGCUAUCCCACCUUACAAAAUAAAAGCUGAACAUUUGACAUAUCCCAGGAGGCUGAAAAGAUGCCCAGUACCAGAAUAAAGCAGCCGUGAGUGAGCGGCAGCGCUGCGAGCUGCAGGAUGAUAGGAGCUAGAGGGUAGAGGUAACCUCUGAACGCUGCCUCUGGACUUCACCGCUCCUUAGCAGAGUUGAAUCCAGUCAGGAACAUGAGUCUCCUCCCCACAGCUGGAGAUGGUAGAAGGAAGUAACUCGUCCUCCUGAGCCAGACCUGGACUCGUCUGCAGCCUCCUCUGGGACAGCUGAUGCUUUCACUGAGCUCAUGUCAGAGGACUCUCUGAUUUCUUCUGCCCUCUUGAUAACAACGUGAAAACUCCCUCAGUCUCUAGAUGCAGUUUGAAACCAGGAAGGAUCUUUAACUCCUUGCUCCUUGUCUCUUCAACACAGUAACUGUUACACAUUGGCCCCGUCCAAGAUGGUCACCUCCAAGAGCCUGCUCUCCCUGAGCUUCUGGUUGGUCGUCCUCCUGGGGCUCAGCUCCCUGGGGGGGCUCAGCCCUGGGCCCGCGGGUCAGGCUUUGGCCCAGGGCUCCAACAACGAGACCACGGAGCCCUCGGUGUUACCUGAGGCGGCGCUGGCCACGCCCACGCCCGAGGCCGAGGACCAGACGGCUCCAAGCAUUGGGAACCGGUGCUGGGGUUACUACGACGUGAUGGGCCAGUGGGACCCCCCCUUCAACUGCAACGCAGGGAUCUACUUGUUCUGCUGCGGUUCCUGCUUCUACCGCUUCUGCUGCCAGUUCAAGAUCCACAGCCUGGACCAGACGUCCUGCUCCAACUACGACACGCCCGUCUGGGCCAACACCGGGAAGCCGGCGGCGCCAGUGACCGAGGUUCAGGAGGAACCGGACCGAGACCGGACCCACAUGAUCGUCUACAUCAUCUGUGGAGUGGUGGCCAUCAUGGUCCUGGUCGGGAUCUUCACUAAGCUGGGUCUGGAAAAGAGUCAGGGAGGACAGGACAUGACCAACUCCAGGACUCUGACGGAGCUGCUGAAGCAGCCGGGAGAGGCCGGAGUUGCGGAUGGAUCCACCCUUCAUCAUCCGGUUGGAACCAACGGGAUCUCGGCCAGAGUGCUGCGAGCCAACAACGAUCAUAAUCACCUGAACAACGCAGCGCUGCCUCCUCUCGGUCCGGCCAUGGCUUUGUCUCACCCCCACAACAACCUGGGCAUCGGCUUCAACAAGUACGCCUCCCUCAAGGCUGUGGACACAACAUCCAGAGACUACUACAAGAGUUACCCAAUGGUAGAUUACACCCAUCGCCAGUCUCCUCCCACGUUCCAACCCAUAAACUUCCACCCUAAGGAUAAGCCCUUCCUGCCUCCCCCUGACAUCCACGCACCAUUGGCCAUCACCAUCAACGCCUCCCAGAUCCCCAAGCCUAAGAUCUCCAAGACCAACACCCACCCACUCACCUCCAGCUCAGCCUUCAAAGCAUGGGACCCAAGCAAGAGCCACCUCCAGCAGCCGGGGGGGCCCCACAUUGGCCUCGGGGGGCAGCAACACCACCCCAUCCAGCAACAACAGCACCAGCAGAACAGCCGGCGCCAGGCCUACUCCAACAAGAGGCAGUUCAGCAUUGAAACGCUGCCUGAGCUCUUCUCACAGCCGCUGGGUUACGGCCACUCGCCGCAUAUGCACCCCAAGCACAAAGGACUGGCCACCAACAGCAAGACGGAGGUGACGGUGUGAACGCUGAACCAAACACCGGCUCUGAUAUCUUUUAUAUCCACAGCUAUGGAAGGAGGCGAGCUGAUAUCGUAUCUGGAAUUUUUUAAAUCAUCAUUGUUGGCAGAAAUAAUUUAAUAAUGUCAGUGUUUGUGUAUUUUUUUAAACCGCUGGAUCCAAACAGAUGUGAAGGUGUUGGCUGUGACUCUUUGAAACCGGCAGCUCUAAUAAAUAAUUGAGUGUCCUCUCAGUGUGUUGGCACAGCUCUCAACCCUGCUGCACCUCAAUGACAGUCUGCACCAUCCUGAUCCAACGUUUACUCGUCCAACUCAUCAGCCCAGACUCUGAGGCUGUUUCCCUUUAAGACUCUGGCUGCUGUCAGCAGAAACAAUACUAUCGUGUUGUCAGCUCCCGUUGCCCUGCAGCCCUCUGAAGAGAGAGAUAUCAGCCUGGUGAUUUAUAGCAGAGAGGAGGGACUCAUCUCAUUCCAGGCGAAUGAGAUGAGAAGGAUCUGAAGCACAGAGACUCGUCCAGGUCAGAAAUGACAGAAGGUUUCCAGCAGCGUCAGAGACACAAACACACUCCAAAACCUGCGUUUUUCUAGCAACUCGUUGGAUUCAGUCUCAGACUCUGGUCUCGCUGCUGAUGUUUUUACCUCCGAAGAAAAACCCAGCAUGAAGUUGAGUCUGUGAAGGUCGCUGUAAAGCUGCUUCCAGUAUGGUAUUUUGACGUGGAUCAUCCUCCAAUAUCCACUUUGAUGGUUUUGGCUUCGUAGAUUUGACAGUGAAUGAUGGAGGAAUGUUUCAGAAAUUACCGUUUGAUGUAUUCACUGCUGCAGCAUCAAGGAAAUCAGAUUCUGCUCUAAACUUCACUCCCCAUUAGCAUGAUUUCAUAGCCUCCUUGCUAACAGUAGCUCUUCCUAGCUUCAAAGCCUCUCAGCUAACAGUAGCUCUUCCUUGCCUCACAGUUAAUGGCAUCUCUUCCCAGCUUCCUAGCCUCACAACUAACAGUAGCUCUUCCUAGCCUCCCAGCUAACAGUAGCUCUUCCUAGCCUUCUAUCUAACAAUAGCACUUCUUAUCCUCACAGCUAAUGGUAGUUAUUCCUAGUUUACUAGCCUCCCAACUAACAGUAGAGCUUCCUAGCCUCCCAGCUACACCAUCUAUUCUUAGUUUCCUAGCCUCACAGCUAACAGUAGCUCUUCCUAGCCUUCUAACAGUAGAGCUUCUUAUCCUCACAGCUAAUAGCAUCUCUUCCUAGCCUCACAACUAACAGUAGCUCUUCCUAGCCUCACAGCUAACAGUAGCUCUUCCUAGCCCCCCAGCUAACAGUAGCCCUUCCUAGCCUCACAGCUAACAGUAGCUCUUCCUAGCCUUCUAACAGUAGAGCUUCUUAUCCUCACAGCUAAUAGCAUCUCUUCCUAGCCUCACAGCUAACAGUAGCUCUUCCUAGCCCCCCAGCUAACAGUAGCCCUUCCUAGCCUUCCAGCUAACAGUAGCUCUUCUGUUUCUCGUUAUGGAUGAUGGUUGCACACUACUGCCCCCAGGAGUUAUGAUCGUAUUUAGCAGCCAGUCUCUGUGCAACUUUCAUUUCCUGAAAGUUCGUUGUUGGUUUGGUGCAUCCGCUCACUCAUUAGCAUCUUGUGUCUUCUUGCCAACAACUGGUGAACCUUAGAAUUAGGUGGAUUGGUGCAAAGUUGUAUGUUGUGAAUAUGAACAAGAAGCAUCACGUCAACAUGGCUAAUGCUAAUCUCAUUACCUUCAAACUGUUGCUCGAAAGCAAAAUGUGUGACAGAAACAUGACAGUUUAUUGUCAGCACUUGAUGGUCCUGUUGACUUUCAGUUUCUUGUGAUGUUCAUUUCCAUUCGGUUUAUCUCUUUAUAUCCACGAUUCAGUUGAAAUCAAUAUGGCUUCCUUCAAGAUCAAAAGACAAGGUUAACCUCGCAUAGCAAUGAAUACGUAGGGUUAUAAUCCCACCUUCAGGUGUCCAGUGCAGUUAGGAGCUGUCGAUAUGGUAAUGGGUUCCCUGAAUGCAACAUUACUGAGAGCAUCCUAAUCUUAAUCAGAGGACUACUCUCUGUUUCAGGUGUACUCAUCAAACUCUUAUUUCCCCUUGAGUAAAACCUUCAUGAGAAGCUGAAAUAUAGCCUUCAAUAACUUUAAUAACUCUCCUCCACCUGCAUGCGACAGAUUAGUCCAGACUGAUUCCCUGACUGAAUUCACCUUUAUCGGCCUCUUGCUCCGACACAUCCAGCCGAUGGUGGAGCCUCAUCAAGCUGAACUUCUUCCUCGGUGCAUUCGUGUCCAUGAAGGGUUGAUAGAUGAAGGC